GUUUCGGAGCUGUCAAGCGAAUAUUGGCUAGCAGCAACCAGUCUAAAAGCUUCGCCGUGCCUCAAACACGGCAGUCGGAUUAUCGUGUCUGCAAGCCAUCGUCCUGCUUUCACAUUAUUUUUGGUCCUCGACACCAAAAUAGGAACAUGAGACGGCUGAAUGUCCAUCCGCUGACGGUGCGGUAUUUCUUCCAGAGAGAAGUCAAGGAGGGGGUUGAGGGGUCAAGAAGGGAUAUAAAGAUGUCGGUUGGGGCUGUGAGGAGGUGGGAACUUCUGAACAUUAACGACAUCACCAGCUCUCCUGUCAAGACAUUGGCGAAAAAGAGACCAUGAAAGAUCUGCUGAAGCUCUUCUUCUUCCUGGCCCAGGGACUCCUCGUCCUUGGGACCACCACAACAGGGGGUCCUCCCAAAUGUAAUGCCGACAACUGCUAUCGCGCCCUCUUCCCCUGUCCAUCCCCAUCCGCCGUCUCCGUAGCCUCGGCGUUCUGCGCAACCAUAACCGCCUCCGGCACCACCGUAACCAACUAUCCCACCCGAGCCACCAACGCCUGUGGCUCGACUCCCGAUCGCUACAUCUCCGCUUGCAAAUGUGGCCCAACCUGCUCUUCCACCACCACCACCACCACCGCUACCGUAACCGCCUGUCCCUCGGCUACCCCUUCCAACGGCGGCCUAGUCUACGGUGACUUCGAAUGCCCGUCCCCUUCUCCCCCCUGGACCGUCCACAUCCUCGAUCCCUCUUUCUCCCUCUCCACCACCACGAUCAACAGCUUCACCGGUAACCGCUCUCUUCGCGCUUCUCUCACUGGCCCAUCUACCUGCUCUGGAGUCUGCACCAAUGCGCGCAUCAUUAGUCCUCCACUCCCGAUUACCCCAAACACCGACUACAAACUCACCCUCGCCACCUUCUUCCCCAAUAACGCAAACGGCGGCACCGGCUCAACCGGCUUUAUCGGCGUCCAGAUCAACGGGCGUGCAGGCCUAACCAUCGACGCCAACGACAGCCCGGGUCGCGAAAAGUGGCGCUUCACGCAGUCCCCCUGGCGUUCUCUUGCGUCUGAAACCACCGCUGAGAUUCGUAUCGAGUGGAUCGGUCCUCCGUCUUUCCUCGACACCGUCACUUUCGCCCCCGUCUCGGCCUAUUCCGGAUCAACCCCUCCACCUCUCGGUAUCCUUCCCGGCGGCGAGUUCGAGAACGGUCUAGGUUCCUGGACGCAACAAGUCCCCGACCCCGGUGCCACCGCCGGCGUCGUCACCUUGCCCCUUUCCGGGCAAGUCAACCCGGACUACCGCUUCGGUUCGCACGCCUGGCGCGUUGUUUCUCCCCAGAAACCAAAUCCUGCAAAUCAGGAGUUGCUUGUCUCUGCCCGCCUUAUAUCCCCAACGGUGUCGGUCAUUCCGGGACGAAAGUACUUGAUUAGCUUCUCCACGUACUUUGAUGCGUUCGGUAUUGGGUUCGUGGGGCUGAUGGUGAAUAACUUGCCGAUUUAUACGAGGGAUCCUGCGGAUGCAGGGCAGGGAGGGAUCGGCUGGUGGGGACCGAAUACGGUUUACUGGGCGGCGCCCGAGAACGUGUCGAGUGCGCAGCUCAAGUUUGAGGCAGUCAUGUCGGAGGCGGGGAUGAUGGGGGUGGAUGCGGUGGUUAUGGUGGAGGUUAAUCCCGCUGCUGUCACUGCUUGAGCAUCGAGCACAAGGGGAUGUAGAUGGUUUGCGUGCUUGUGGUGGUGAUGUGGAGUUCGGAUCCGGGUUGGUCUCGAUGACAUAACUGCAAAGGUUCAAUGGUGGGCCAAAACCAGCCUAUGUUGGCAUCAGGACAGAUUGUUGUCGAAAGUUCAGGUGGAGUUUGUACUUUGCUUGUUUGACGAUGCUACGAACAAAGGAUGUGCCUGUCUCUUCCAGUCGUCAAAAUACCAAGUUGCUGCUAUCCG